AUGGACUCCUCUCUGGUCGAAAUCUGGCAAGCUGCGCAAGGCAGCCGGUUCAAUCCCACCGUGGGCAAGGAUAGCCAGUUUCUCGUCGCCAUUUUCCUGGUUCUCUUGGGCCUUGUUGGUUUCGGAUCCUUCACUUUGAACCGAUCGUUUGCCAACAUUGCCCUUUUCGGAAUCCCGUCGUCUCUUGCGCUUGCCUUCGGAGUGGUCUACAUGUUCUGCGCUGUGGGCGUUUACGUAUAG